CACCGAGCUCUGCGCACUGGCCGUCUAGGUGUAAAUCCAGUGGAGGCGCGCCGCUGGCCCUAUGCACCUAUCCCUGAAUACCGCAAUGAGCCAAGCUAUUCUGCUUUGGGCUCAGAAAGCUCUUCAGUAGUCUUCAGUCUGUUCUUUUCAUCCGUAAACCACUUCAAACGUGACACAGCUCAUUCCGAAGACUCAGAAGAUGAGGUUGGAUUGGCAGACAUUGCUGAAUCUGGUUCUAGUGGCCGACGUUAUCAGUGUGCCGAAGAAGUUACUCGACGAAAAUCAGGCAUAUCAAGUUUUGGCCUCCUUGCUCAGGCUCGAAUCUUUAUGGCUCGAUGUACUAGGCUUGUUAACUUGAUUCAAGGCCGCCUUUUGCAGGUAUGCUUGUCGGAGGCCGAUCGCCAGACGAACCGGCGCCGUAGCACUCUAGCUAUGACUCCUCCUGAAAUAAAACGACGGUCUGCCAGAAUCAGCCAUUCUGAUCCUUCGCAUGUCCAUCCAUGUUGGAAUCGACGAAUGAGUUUGGCUCUUUCCAACUUGUAUGGUCAUGGGAAGAGCUAUUUUCGCGUGCAAUACACUAGUAAGUGGGCAUUAAGUGAUUCUAUAAAUGAGGCGGAAAGUUCCAUAUUUAUGUUUUAUGGCUUGAUUUUAUUAUACUCUUAA